AUGUAACUAACCAAUCCCGCAACCAAAUCAGACGACACAAGAACCUCACAUUCUUCAUCAUCAAAUAAAAGCAAAAAGGUUCCAACUAAUUAGCCAUUUACCAUUUUAGGUCAAAACUCAAAACCUCUCUCUUGCUCUCAUCUUCUACCACCACAACCACAACCACAACCACAUCCGUCCCUUUGCGAUGGCCAACCUCCAUUCCGAGCAGAUCAAUCAGCUGCACGACAUCUUCAAUCGCUUUGACACCGACUCCGAUGGAAGCCUCACCCACCUAGAGCUCGCCGCCCUCCUUCGAUCUCUCGGCAUCAAACCCACCGGCGAUCAACUCCAUGCCUUACUUACCAACAUGGACAACAAUGGCAAUGGAUAUAUAGAAUUUGAUGAGCUUGUUCAUGCCUUAUUACCUGAUUUGAAUGAGCAUGUCCUAAUCAAUCAAGAACAACUCAGCGAGUUGUUUCGAUCAUUUGAUAAAGACGGAAAUGGCUACAUUACCGCCGCAGAACUUGCCAGCACCAUGGCAAAAAUGGGCCAUCCGUUAACUUACCGUGAGCUUUCCGAUAUGAUGGCCGAAGCUGAUAGCAAUGGUGACGGUGUUAUUAGUUUCAAUGAGUUUGCAGGAAUCAUGGCAAAGUCAGCUUCUAAUUUUUUUGCGUGUUAAUAUUCAAGGAAAUAGCCUGCUGGCUUAGCUAUAUAAAGAUUCAUUCAAGAAUUAGGUAUGAAUAAUGUACAAGGUUUGAUUUAUGUGAACAUAUAUGUUGUUACAUUGUUGAACAAAUUAAGACGAUGAAAGACAAAUGUUGAAGACAAAACAAAAUUAGGAAUAUUGUAUAUAUAUGAUGCAAUGGAAAACAAUGGUGGAUUUAAUCGGCAUGUUAAAAGAUUGCGACUAGUUGUGAAUGAAACUUGUACAUAUACUUUUCUGGGUGUAACAUUUUAUGUCUUACAUUUUUCUUUCUUUC